CCUCAGGGUGAAACUGGACCCCUCGUGUCUAAUUGCAUCUCACCUACCCAGGUGUCACCCAGCAACGAUUACCGUGACGACUGAUCCAGGACUACUCGAGAAUCAGGAGUGACCCAGGAGAAGAGAGAGGGGAGAGGAGAUGAGACAUGCUUAUGAAAACCCUCAAGACCAACUUCAAGAAAAAAAUGCUGUGUAAAUCAGAAAAAAUCCACCCAGAUGAGCCAGACAUCUGGCAACUUGGACAGAUUGGAGUAAGCAAUCUCCUAUCAAACCUCAGGCGCUGCUCACUCAAGUCCUGGAUUAAGGAGAACAUCAAGAAGAAGGAGUGCUGCUUCUUCGUGCAGACAGAGAGAGAGGGCAUUUGUAAAUGUGGCUACCCAAAAGACCACCAUGUGGAGGAGGCCAAUAAUCCAGAGAGGUUUCUGGGACAGUCUUGGGAGGGCCAGAGUCAUGUUAUUGAGGUGCCCACCGACGCCUUUGGGGAUAUUCACUUUGGGGGCCUUGCCCAAAACACAGGCAAGUAUGUGCGUGUGUCAUCGGACACCCCCUCUGAGGUCCUGUACCAACUCAUGACAGAGCACUGGAAGCUCCGCCCCCCGAACCUGCUCAUCUCAGUGACGGGCGGGGCCAAGAACUUCUACAUGAGGACGGAACUGAAGAACAAGUUCCGCAGGGGUCUCAUCAAAGUCGCACAAAGUACAGGCGCCUGGAUCAUCACUGGAGGCACCCAUGCCGGGGUGAUGAAGCAUGUGGGGAUGGCUGUACGUGACUACACCCUCAGCAGCAGCUCAGUCAAGGGGGAGAUCGUGGCCAUUGGGGUGGCCACCUGGGGCACCGUACACAAACGCAAGUCCCUCAUACACCCUGAGGGCUGUUUCCCUGCCGACUACACGCUGGAUGAGCAGACCCAGGGCCACCUCUCCUGCCUGGACAGCAACCACUCCCACUUCCUGCUGGUGGAUGACGGCACGCAUGACCGUUAUGGCGUGGAGAUCGGCCUGCGCAGCCGCCUUGAGAAACUCAUAGCAGAACAGUCACUAGGGAACAGAGAAAGUCAUGUGAAGAUCCCUGUGGUGUGUGUGGUGUUGGAUGGAGGACAGGGCACUCUGAACACCAUCUACAAUGCCAUGCUGAACAGCACGCCGUGUGUGAUUCUGGAGGGCUCGGGCCGGAUGGCGGACGUGAUCGCUAAUGUGGCUGGGAAGCCUGUGUCACGGGUCACCCUGGCUCUGAUCCAGAGGCUGAUGAAGAGGUUCUUCGGACAGGAGUACGAAAGCUUCUCCGAGAUCAAGGUCAUCGAGUGGGCCAAGAAGAUCCAGGACAUAAUCAGGAUGCCGCACCUUCUGACCGUGUUCAGCAUGGACGAAGACAAGAACAGCGACGUGGACGUGGCCAUUCUCCAGGCCUUUCUGAAAGCCUCUAGGAAUGAGGAGAGUGUGGGGCAGCAGAGCUGGGAGAGGCAGCUGGAGCUGGCCGUGGCAUGGAACCGCGUGGACAUCGCAGAGAGCGAGAUCUUCACUGAGGAGAGCAAGUGGAAGUCCAGUGAUCUGCACGACGCCAUGUUCUCGGCCCUGGUGGGCCACAAAUCAGAGUUUGUGCGCCUGCUUCUGGAGAACGGCGUGAGCAUCCCUCAGUUCCUGGACAAGAAGGGCAAGAUGCUGUGCGAGCUCUACACCAACAUGCCCAGCUGCUUCUUCCUGCGCAAGCUGGUAAAGCGGCUACAGGGCGACAAGCGCCACAGCCAGACGAACCACCGCAAGAACAUAUCCCUCGGCGCCGUGGGAGAGGUCUUGCGCCAGCUGCUGGGCAGCUUCACCCAGCUCAUCUACUUGCCUACGCAAUCACACGACCUCAUCAAGAUUGCAGAGGAGGACCCCGACAACACUGUGAUUCGAGACCCUGGGAGAGAUUUCUUCCUCUGGGCCAUUCUGCAGAAUAACAGAGAACUGGCCCAGAUCGCCUGGGAACAGUGCCGAGACAGCACAGCUGCUGCUUUGGCAGCCAGCAAGAUUCUAAAGAAGCUGGCGCAGGAGUCAGAUGACGAUGAAGAUGAUGCCAAUAUGAGAGAACUUGCCAACCACUAUGAGAGACAGGCCAUUGGUGUGUUCAGUGAGUGCCAUAGCUGGGAUGACCAGCGAGCCCAGAGACUUCUGAUCCGUAUCUCGCCGUCUUGGGGCAAAACCACGUGUCUGCGUUUGGCACUGGAGGCGAACGAUAAGAGCUUUGUGGCACAGUCAGGGGUUCAGGCUCUCCUGACCCAAAUCUGGUGUGGGGAGUUAGCUGUGGACACCCCCCAGUGGAAGCUGGUCCUCUGUAUGCUGUUUUCCCCACUCAUCUACACUGGUUUCAUAACCUAUAGGCGUAAUGAAGAUAUUGAGAGAGAAGCCAUGAGAAAUGAGGAGUUGCUGGCUAUGGAGUCUGUGACAGGAAGCUCAACCAAUACCAGGAUGAAGACUUCAUUCCGUGAUCCCCAGGACGGCGCUCAGCUGAAGCCUCUGUCCUGCUUAACCAAGCUGGCGAGCUUCUACGCGGCUCCUCAGGUGAAGUUCUUCUGGAAUAUCGCCUCCUACUUUGGGUUCCUCUGGCUGUUCUCCAUCGUGUUGAUGAUCGACUUCCAGCCCACGCCGUCAUGGAGGGAGUGGCUGCUGUACGUCUGGUUGACUUCUUUGGUGUUUGAGGAAGUCAGGCAGCUUUUCGAUGAUCCGGAUGGAUUUGGGUUCCGAAGGAAAGCCAAUUUAUAUAUUAAUGACUUGUGGAACAUUCUAGAUGUGGUUUCCAUCCUGCUCUUCAUCGCUGGUCUUGCCUGCAGGUGGACCAGCAGUGCGUUUUAUGCGGGAAAGGUCAUCCUCUGCAUCGAUUUCAUCAUCUUCUGUCUGCGGCUGAUGGCCAUCUUCACCAUCAGCAGAACCCUGGGCCCAAAAAUCAUCAUUGUCAAAAAGAUGAUGAUGGACCUUUUCUUCUUCAUGUUCCUGCUCAGUAUCUGGGUGGUGGCCUACGGGGUGGCUAAACAGGGCAUUCUGAUCCACAACGAGGAGAGACUGGACUGGAUCGUCAGAGGGGCUGUGUAUGAGCCUUACCUCAUCAUAUUCGGCAAUGUCCCAACCAACAUCGACAAUGCUGAAUUUGACGUGUCCACCUGCACUGUUAAUGGCACCGACCCUAUGCGACCCAAAUGCCCUGUGCUCAAUGCCAACCACAUGCCAGCCUUCCCAGAGUGGCUGACCAUCAUUAUGCUCUGUGUUUACCUUCUCUUUGCCAAUAUCCUGCUCCUCAACCUCCUCAUUGCCAUCUUCAACUACACAUUUCAGGAGGUACAGGACAACACAGACACAAUCUGGAAGUUCCAGAGGUAUGAGCUGAUUAAGGAGUACCACAGCCGGCCUGCCGCCCCCCCACCCUUCAUCCUCCUCAGUCACCUCCUCCUCCUGUUCAGGCGCCUCGUGAUGCGCAGCUCCCCCCAGAAGCACAAGCAGUUCAGGGAACAGUUGUCCAAAACUGAGGAGGAGGAGUUGUUGUCAUGGGAGACUUUCAUGAAGGACAAUUACGUCGCCACCCAGCGACAAGAGAAGAGUGAAAGUACGGAACGCCGUAUCCAGGACACAGCUGAUAGGGUUGGCUCGAUGUCAGAGCUGCUGGAGAGAGAGCAGGACAGGGGCUCGGUGGCAAAGCGCCUGGUUCAUCUGGAGGAACAGAUCUCCCAGUCCACUAAAGCGCUGAAAUGGAUUAUGGACACCUUAAAAGCCCAAGGUUACAAGUCUAAAGAGGAACCUCCUUCCAUGUCCAAGAGCGCUGAGAGUGAAGCAGAUGAGGAUGAAAUUGAUGGAGAACCGGAGAAGAGACAGUACCACUUCUACGCCCGUAGUUACCUCUACCCGGGCACCAAUAAGAAGCGCUUCCCUGUUCCUGAGGAAAAAGUGCCUUGGGAGGUUGACUUCACCCCUUACAUAGCUGAAGUCUACAGUGCAGAUACAGUCAACAAAGCAGAGGAGUUGACCUUAGACAACUACAGGAAUCCAGGGGGGCGCACAGGGAUAAGGGGGAAAGGAGCACUACAGUGCUUGGGCCCAAAUCACAUCCUUGACCCUGUUCUCACUCACUGGCAAGACAAGGACCAUUCAGUUCUGCAGUUCCUAGCUGCCUGGAAUGAGGCCGAAAGAUGUUGGUCUUUGCCAGGGGGUGCUUUAAAAACAGGGGAGCCCCUCCCAGACAGGCUCAAAACACUCCUUGGGGAUAAGCUGUAUCAGAGAAUCAAAGCCAAACUGGGAGAUGGAAGCCGACAUAACACGGUAUAUGAGGGUUAUGCUGAUGAGCCCAGGAAUACUGACAAUGCUUGGAUUGAAACCGCUGUUCUCAACAUUCACUUGGACAGUGCUGGGUCCCUCAUGAAUGAACUAAACCGCAAGGUAGCCACAAGUCAAAUGUCAAAUGAGCGGAUUCAGUGGAAGGAAGUCAACAGCAAGACGUCAGUGUACACAUACCAAAAAGAAGCUCUCCGAUUAAUUGCCAAGCUCCACCAGACUCCGUUCUGAUUUGCAGAGAAAUGAACAAGCCAAAAAAAACUGGUUGAACCGAAGACAAUCACAAGCACUCCUGACUUUUCUGAUGAAGGGCACUGCUAAGACAUGUACACUGCAGUAACAAAGUCAACGCUGUUUUCGCACAUAUAAAAACAUUUUAAUGUUGUACAUUUAAACAGUAUCAUGUAUAAAUGCUGAAUGUAUAUUGUGUACGUGAAUAUGCAAACAUAUUUUUUAGUAAAGCUGAGUAAAGGACAAAGCAAAAAUCAGUUCAAAUGAGGCACCUUAUAUGCCUCAGCUUCAGAUCACUUUGCACAGAUCAAGGAAAUUAUUACAAAAAUCCAGGUUUUAAAGAAACCAACUUUCUUGGGUCUUCCCUUGACAUUAUCUACAUUACCCAGGCCUACUCCUGCACACUGUUACUUCUUGGACACAUACACAGAGAUAAACUUUAGAUGACACUAACAUGACACUUUUUCUCUGUUGGUCCAUGUUCUAGCCGAAUACACUCCAGUAUGCUCCAAUUAAAGGUACAUACAAAAAACGUAUUGGUCUUGUCUUGUC